AUGGAGUCAGAAGGGUACGACCCACGGCAGGAAGGCCAGGGCCAGGAUGACACAAUGGGCGGCACUGAAGAAUCACAUACUCCUACGAGACGACACAUCCAGUCCCAAUCCGCCGACUUCCCAUCCUCACACCAGCAGCAAACAUAUUCCGGACCUCCAACACCAGACGUAGACCCCACUGGCAACGGCAGAUACCCCACCCCGCCAACGUCCUUCGCACCUUCAAUCUCUCGUCCCAAUUCAGGUCUGUCUGGUAAUGGGGGAUACAGCAACAUGCAAUCUUCCUACCAAGACCAGAACGCCCGCGGUACAUCGGCAGAGCAGAGUCGGAACAAGAACAGUGUUGUGAUCAAGGUUGGCAUGGUGGGAGAUGCACAGAUUGGCAAGACCUCGCUCAUGGUCAAGUACGUUGAGGGUAGCUGGGACGAGGAUUACAUCCAGACGCUGGGAGUUAAUUUCAUGGAGAAGACGAUUUCGAUACGCAAUACCGAGAUUACGUUUUCCAUUUGGGAUCUGGGUGGACAGAGGGAGUUCGUGAAUAUGCUGCCACUGGUAUGCAAUGACGCCGUGGCCAUUCUGUUCAUGUUCGACUUGACGAGGAAGAGUACUCUGAAUAGUAUCAAGGAGUGGUACCGGCAAGGAAGAGGCUUUAACAAGACUGCGAUUCCGUUCUUGGUUGGCACAAAGUAUGAUCAUUUUGUGAACUUCCCUCGGGAAGACCAGGAAGAGAUAUCAAAUCAGGCCCGCAGAUUCGCGAAAGCUAUGCGAGCAAGUCUGAUCUUCAGCAGUACAAGUCACAGCAUAAACGUGCAAAAGAUCUUCAAAAUCGUCCUCUCCAAAGCCUUCGACCUAAAAUGCACAAUUCCAGAAAUAGAGAACGUUGGCGAACCGCUCCUGCUCUACCAACAAGUUUAA